CAUGGCUGUGGAAUAUCUCUCUGAAUUUAGCCUUUGUCUUGAUAUGUUUAUCUCAGACAGACGAAUAACAACGCUCCAGCCCAGCAGGUGGCGGGAACCCCAAAAACAGUUAAGCCGGUUUGCCAUCGACACCACAAGAAGAAGUCGUCGCUCGCCAAUGACAUAUUAUUCCCGCGACAUUCAAUUUUUGGCAAGUGAGUAAACGAGAGAACAACUCUGAGGAGAACAAGUGCUUUGUUUAAUUUAAAGAUGCUCAAAAAGAAGUUAAGUAUCACUGAAAAGAAAAGAAAAUACUCACAGUCCGAAGAACGACACGACAGCAACAAACGCAGAAGUACGGAACAGAAUGCGGAGGACUCCAAGGAUGAACUUGCUGACCCAGAGCUGGACAGGAUUGGCAGUGACAUUGAGGAGGGAGGACUGGACCUCGGGCCUGCCAUUUCAACCAUCACUGCUUAUGUCAGUGACAAACGGGAGAUGCUAGAGCAGUGUUUCCAUGUGCUGGGGGAGAAGAAGCUACAUAAGAUGCUGCCUGAUGAACUUAAGGAUUGUAGUUUAGAGGAAAUCAAAACGCUGUGUUGGGAGCAACUGGAGCCAAUCUCAGAGAAAAAUCUUAUUCAGAUCUUGGCAGGGGAAGAGCUGACAUCUGGAGAUGGGGAUGAAAACACAGAGGAAACCUUGGAAAGCCAGCAAGACAAUAAUGUAGACUCUACAUCUUGCUUCAAAGAAACAGCAAAAACUGAGGACCCCAAGCAAGAGGGUGGUGGCUCUGGUGAGGAGAGUGACGUUUUAAGCAUAAACGCAGACACUUACGAUAGUGACAUAGAAGGACCUAAAGAGGAGCAGGCUGUUAAAGCUAUGGAGGGGGCAGUGAAACUAGAGGACAGCAGUGGGGAGGUCACUGACCCAGCUGUAAACCCCAAUCCAACAGAUCCAGAGCCUCCCAAGGGCUCUCAGCCAAUGGAAGCAAAGAAAGACAUUCAAAGUGACAUCGACAAAAGCGUCAGCGAGAUUUUAGCGUUUUCGUCCGUUUCGGGGGAAGAGGUAGCUAAAGAGCAGAAUGCACCGCCGCAGUCUGUAGAUGUAAGUUCACCCGUUCAAAGCGGACCCGUUUCAAGUCGCGCACCUGCAGCUUGUCAGCCGUCCAUUCAGCAACUGGAGCUUCUCGAGCUGGAAAUGAGGGCCAGAGCCAUUAAGGCUCUGAUGAAAGCAAGUGAUGGUAAAAAACCCUCUGUGGUGAAAAACAUCUAACGUGGUUUAUUUUGAUGUUUUAUAUGGUUUUAAUGGUUUUAUACACUUAUAAAACUGAGUCAAACUGAGUCAAAGAACUCAGUUAAUGGAUGUAGAAUUUAGUUUGUUUUGAGCAAUUUAAAACAUAGUUCAGAUUGUUUUGUUGUUUAAACCUGUCAUAUUGUUCUAAGUGUACCAUUCAAACCAUGUCACAUUAUUACUCCAUAUUGGAAUGAUGUUACAAACUGUUUAAUGCCAAUUUAAACACUUAAGACCUGUUUUACCCCACUCUACUCUGUGUGUUCUGGGAAUGUCUGAACAUUAACACAAUACCAAAUGUAGUUUUCCCCUUAGCCACUAGAUGGCAGUAUUACUCUGCUGCAAUAAAUCCAAGGGGAGAGCAAGACAUAAUUUAUUUGCCUACAUUACAGUAAAAAUAGUCAUGAGCAGCUUGAAAGUCAAGUUUUCAGAGUAAUGCUGUUAUUUAGUGAUUAAGUUAGGGCAAUAAUCGUUUUUUCAGGGACAGAGGUUCUCACUGAGCUGGCGUUAGAGGAUGUAAGCAUAUCAGAGCGAUGUGUUAUUUUGUAUGUAGGCCGAGCUCUGCAAGGCAAAGCAGGUGGCAGCAGUGUUGUACUGUCAUUUAGACGCUUUCAGCAUUUCUUUACUGAACACCUGUUAGACUUGUCAGGCUGUAGCAUGCAUAGUAACACCAUGCACUGCCAUCUCUUUCAUAUUUGCAUCUGCUAACGGCUUGGUCUGUUUUGUAUUGCUACUGUAAAAUGGAUGUCUGUUUGGUAAAGGAAACAAAAAGCCCUUCCUGUGGCAUAACAGACAGAAUACAGAGCAUUAGAUUACAGAGCAGAGAAUUAGAGCAGCUGCCCUCACUUAUACAUCUGUUUAAUUCACCAGAGUAACUUUUAAAUUAUUUUUUACUUCCUGUACCUCUAUGUUAUAGCUAGAACUAAUAGCAUCUUCUCACCUAAUAUUGUAAUUUAUUCUCAAGUUGAUUUCCAGUAUAAACUGUAAGAUUGCUGUGUGUGUCUGCGCAAUUACAUGCAGAUGCAGAGCAAAACCGAUCUCUACCCCAAAGGAGACAAUGAAAUGUACGAUAAGAAGCCAGUUGCCUCCUGGGUAUUUGCAUUUAAAGGGGAUAUUUCAUGGGAGGAGUGAGGGUGGGGAGGGUUAAAUGCAUUUUUCUUUAUGCAUUUAUGUGCAAGUAUCUUUGUGCUCAUUGAUGAUUUCAAGAGGGAAAACGUCCACUUUAGUAAAAAGAGAUACAACGAUUCUAAA